UUAUUAUUAUUAUUCAUUGACUUUUCGCUGGAAUUCGAUAUUCCCCUGUGAAAUGAUGUCACGUCGAUCGAUGGCCCAUACAAAGGAAACGAGCGAGCAUCCAAGGCCGGGAGGGGCGAGGAGGCGAUUUAGAAUCAUCGCAUCGACAGGAUCUUGGUGUUGUACAUCUCAUAAAUCGUAUCGUGAUCAAAUACACACUUCAUCGUUACCUUCACCUUCAUCAUCUAAGAAAAUGUCUGGAACACCACCUCCACCAGAGAACAAGAUGAAGCAUUUCAAAGCUAUCAAUGCAUUGCCUUCUCAGUAUCCCGAUUUCAGAACGGUUCUAUGGACCGGUAGGGACAGUCAACUGGUCGUGAUGACUGUGCCUGUGGGAGGAGACAUUGGUGAAGAGGUCCACGAAGUCGACCAACACCUCAUCUUCACUUCUGGAAAAUGCAAAGCGAUUGUCGCUGGGGAAGAAGCAGAAGUCCAAGCGGGAGACAUGGUGGUCGUCCCUCAGGGAACCAAGCACAAUUUCAUUAACACCGGACCCACGCCGUUAUGUCUCUUCACUGUAUACGCUCCGGCAGAACAUGAUCCCCGAUCGGUGCACAAGACAAAGGAGGAGGGAGACAAGCUCGAAGACGACGGAAAGGAUGAACCUCCCAAGUGGGCCAAGCGAAAGUAGUCUAUAGACAUU